AUGUCCAGCCCUGUCACAUCGUCGCCUUUCGUUUCCGACCCUAACCCAAAAAAUGGUGUUGCAAACAUGUGGAUUAUCAAACAUAUCAGCUCAAUCUAUCGUUUGUGGCCACACUCCAAGUCUAAACGAAAAGACUAUUUUAAUGAUGUGUACAGUUGCAAUGAAACCCUAAACUCGCAUUCAGCUGGCUGCGACAAGCGUUUUAGUCUCUUUACUCGCAAUACCCCUCGUCAACCUAAUAGAAUUAAACCCAGCAAACCGAGGCAGUGGUCCAUUCGACACAAAAAAUUAUUUUUUUCCGACAAAUCUCGCCAGCAAAAACCUUGUUUGUUUGAUGAUCUUGAUUUCAACCUUUGUCGCGAUUUCUAUCCAGCUGCAACUUUAUCCGCAGCACCUCCCAUUAAAGGUAUACCCGAGUCUAGGAAACAUGCCCGGAAACUACGGCCUUUUGUUGAAGCAAAGUAUUCUAAUGUGUAUGUGCAAUUGGAGAAUGGUGAUUGGGAGUUUUCUCAUUGCAAUGCCAGUGGGCAAGUCGUCGCUGUCUAUCACAUCAAGAAGCAUCUCAUUUAG